CCCACUGGAGGCGAGGCCUGUCGUCCUCCCGGCGACUACCGCGUCCACAGUCACCGGACCACCGACCCCCAUAGCUCGGUGGAGGACUACAACCGAGUCAUGCUCGAAUACACGCAACGCCGGAUGGCGGACUUCGCCGAGUUCGACGAUGAGAAGGGCUCGUUCCCGAGCCGGAGCAGUCGCAGCAGUCAGACCAGUGGCAACAGCGGCACCUCGACCAGCGGCGUGCUGGCCCGUCAAGCGGCUGGACCGACUUCC